AUGCCAGCCACUGAGUUUACGUUUCUGACUGUCGACGGCCAUGGGCGUCCACUGGAGCCCGGCAGUCGGGCUUCGAUUCGUAGUCGGUGUAUGAAGGGGGUCAAUGUACGGCAGGAUUCGCGUCGGUCGAAGAGAAAGGCGCGUAAGGCAUCGGAGACAAUCGCCGCAACGGAAAGUCUCAGCAAAAAUAUCGAGUCCCCAGAGAUUGCGUCUUGUCAAGUAACAAGUUGCGGGCCCCUUUCAAAGUCACUGCAGGUUCGUACUGAUGAGCUUGGCUUUGACUCAUCUCGCUUGCCAUCAACGGCAUGGCGAUUAGUCGUGAAGUUCAACGCCCUGCUCGACGUGGCAUAUCCCCUCGAGACAUCCUUCGAGAACAUUGACCCCCAAGAAUACAGCAUGAUCGACCACUUGACAUUAUUGAACGACAAUAAGACUCUAUUAGAGUCAAUUUUCCUGGCUACAUAUACCGUGGAUGAUUUGUGUUCUGGAACCAAGCUAUCACCUCGAUCACAACGAAUACUCUGCACCAUUCUCUCAUCUUUAAACAGAAGUCUUGGCUACGCUUCAGGGCAGCAAUCCUACACCACGAUAUUCAUCAUCUUGAUCCUUCUCUUUGCAGCUGAGUCGUUUCGAGAUUUUGAUGCUGUUUCAAUACACCUUGACGGACUGCGGAAGUUGUUGGAACUUCGCGAGACAAAGCCGGUGCCGUUGGAUUCUAAACUAUUGUUCAAGAUCCAGCAGGUCGACCUUAGAAUGUCGUUGGCGACAGGUCGGCCACUAUACUUUCCUUUCCACUAUUAUUAUCCACAAGCGCCUGCGGGCAUCAUCAGGCCGCCGAGCGUUAUCCACUGGCUGAUGGUGCAUCCUGCGUUGAUGGCUUGCUAUCAGACAUUGCAAGCUUUGUCAAAUCAUGCAAACCAAUAUCGAUGCUCGACGUUGAAAAAGUGUCUCGAUUGGUUUUACUUCCAGUCUCAGGUCAGCACAGGUCAAACCCUGUUGAUCGGUAUUGGAAAUGGUCAUCUUCCUGUUGUAUCCGAAGCUCUACGACUUGGCAUGCUUGCCUUCUUAUCCACACUCUCACGUAGCCCGACACGGAAGGCUCACCUACCAAUCUUCGCCUCGCAGCUUGAGGAAUGCUGUUUAGCCAUGAAACAGGAGCAAGAUCCCCACAAGCCAUUGCUUAUUUGGCUGAUGUUGAUGGGAUGCAUCUCUACUAUCGACACAUCCGGCUGGAUAUCAUCAGCAUGGAGUUCUUCUGUUCCUACAGACCUAUCUUGGGAAGCUGUACAAAAGGUGGUUGUCGAAAUUCCAUGGAUCCAUAUGAUACACGACGAGCCCGGAGAACGAAACUAUAGGCACCUGCAAGCUCGAAGGGACGACUGUGUCUCGUAG